AUUACAAUGGAACUGGGAUGGAGGAGGUGUGCUUUUAUUUCAGAUUGUGUCAUUUGAGCACGAGUCUCCCGAAACUGCAGCUGACAGAACGGAGGCUGUGUUAGAUCCCCUGGGUUGUUAAGCUGGCACACCCCAAGAGUAGGCAACAGAGCAGGCGAGAGAAGCAGUAGAGAAGGGCAGGAAGCCGCACGCUCAGCCCGGCUCAUCCCUUCAACUUUAGCUUUUGCUGUGGUGAUUGUAACAGGAGGAGGAAGAGCUAGGAGAAACCCCCGAGGGAAAAGAACGAAAGGAGAGGCGAGAAACUCAACUGAAAAGGAGAUAGCAGUGGGCGAGUGAAACAUCUCUCAGAUGCAAACCGGGAGGCCCAAGGAAGAGGAGGAAAAGGCUGGGCUUCGGCAACCUGCUGCUGGGAUUUAGACAAAGGAGGUUUGAGAGAGGCGGGAUCAGAUUCUAAUAUCAGCUUAAGGAGAGAGCCGGCAGCUGGGCUCAGGAAGAUGAAACGGCCGGAAUUCACAUUAGCUGGAGCAUGUACCCCAGCGAGAGCUCCCAGGAAAAAGUAAGUCUGGGAAGGGAUCUGCAGAGCUUAACCGGUUCUGACAUCUCGCCCCUCUUUAAGGCAUGCCUCUGUCCAUGCGUUACCUCUUCAUAGUCUCGGUGACUACUGUCAUCGUUUUUAUUGUGCUCUACGUGUUAAGUUUUGGAGGAGAUCAGAGCUACCAGAAGCUGAACAUCUCAGACUCCGUGAUGCUGACUCAGGUGUGUGCAUCCUUUGUCAACGGGAAAAGCCCUUUCCUGUGGAGAAACAAACUAAUGAUCCACGAGAAGCCUUCUUGCGCAGAAUAUGUGACCCAAAGCCACUAUAUCACAGCCCCUUUAUCUCAGGAAGAGGUAGAAUUUCCUUUGGCAUAUGUCAUGGUCAUCCAUCACAAUUUUGACACCUUUGCAAGGCUCUUCAGGGCUAUCUUCAUGCCUCAAAAUAUCUACUGUGUCCAUGUGGACGAAAAGGCAACAGCUGAAUUCAAAGGCGCUGUGGAGCAGUUAGUGAGCUGUUUCCCCAAUGCCUUUAUGGCUUCUAAGAUGGAGCCCGUGGUCUAUGGUGGCUUUUCCCGCCUCCAGGCUGACCUGAACUGCAUGAAAGAUCUGUUGGCCUCCAAAGUCCCCUGGAAAUAUGUCCUCAAUACCUGCGGGCAGGACUUCCCCCUGAAAACCAACAAGGAAAUAGUUCACCAUCUGAAAAGAUUUAAGGGGAAAAACAUCACCCCAGGGGUGCUGCCUCCAGAGCACGCCGUUGUUCGGACUAAAUAUGUCUACCAAGAACAAAGAGGCAAAGGCGGUAUCUAUAUGAAAAAAACAAAUUCUUUGAAAACUCCACCCCCACACCAGCUGACCAUCUACUUUGGCACGGCCUACGUGGCCCUCACCAGAGACUUUGUCAGCUUUGUCAUGACUGACAAAAGGGCCCUUGAUCUCUUAGAGUGGUCUAAAGAUACCUAUAGUCCCGAUGAACAUUUUUGGGUGACACUCAAUAGGAUUCCAGGAGUCCCUGGCGCCAUGCCAAAUGCAUCCUGGACAGGCAACCUCAGAGCGAUAAAGUGGAUGGAUAUGGAAGAUAAGCAUGGAGGCUGCCAUGGUCACUAUGUACAUGACAUCUGCAUCUAUGGAAACGGAGACUUAAAGUGGCUAGUAAAUUCACAAAGCCUAUUUGCUAACAAAUUUGAGCUCAACACGUACCCUCUCACUGUGGAAUGCCUGGAACUGCGACUCCGAGAGAGAACUCUCAAUCAGAGUGAAACAGCCAUACAUCCCAGCUGGUAUUUUUGAUCCUCAGCAGCUCUGGCCUGAAGGGAAACCAAAGGCAUAAAGAGGAGCCUUUCUCUCCAAGAGACUCUUGUCCUGCUGUACUGAAGGCUUCAAAAACUGCUUUCAGGAAAAUAUCAGGACCUGGCUUCGUGACUAGGCUUAAAAUAUCCACUGGAUACUGUGAUACAUUGACAGGAUGGCUGGGUGCAGCUGUACUGCCAUUUUUAGCUAGUCUUGCCAUUUCUUUUUAGUGUUUUUUUUUUUCAUCCUCUUCCUCCUCUUCUUACUUUAUUUUAUUUUUGGUUUUUCGAGACAGGUUUCUCUGUCCUGGAACUCAUUCUGUAGACAAAGCCGGCCUU